UAUGGGGCAACGCGUCUACCCAUCUACGCUAAAUCUUGACCGAGUAGGAGGUGGUUUCGACUGCCAGAAGCAGACGGAUCAACCGGUCAAUAAGGCCUUCGGAGAUUCCAUGCAGGCCAAUGCUAGUCGAGAUCUUCCAGGCUCCGACACUGUAGCAUCACAACUAGGACCAGAAUGCGAAUCAAUGAGCAUGGAUGAGAGUGACUUAGGUUCCUCAUCGAAUCACAAUGCAUAUCGUCUCUUUGAAAAGUAUGAAGAAGGCACAAGCGUCGAAGAGGUCGUGCUUCAACCUGCUCUAGGCCUUGGGAUAUCUCUGGAUGAUAACUAUUGUGCAGACGUACAUAUUAACACCUCAGAAUUCGACUACGAAUUGUUCGAAGCGAGCGCCCAAAUUGCCAUUCGCGAUGUCAAUGCAUUUAUUUACAGUCAGGCCCGUCAAGAACAACCGUCUUUUGACCAAACUGGUGUUGAGCAAGCUGAACACAGUGGCGGCCACCACCAGGACACAGACGAUAGCAUGGAGAAUGAUGUUGACGUAUCCGGCAGCGAGUCGCCUGAACCAACCCCAGGUGCAUAUUUAGUCAGUAUCGUGGAUGGUCGUACGACUAUUAUUAGCCAUCCUCCCCAACCGAAUGAUCAUUAAGAACUCCAUGACCGAUGAAGCCUACAAGCCAUCUGAUUCUGAUAAUUAUCCUUACAGGCACACUUCGUAAGGGCAUGAAACAAUCAAGCGCAUAAUACCCGGGAUCUAUCAGAUACUCUAGGGUAUUGUUAGACAUGUCCCGCACUUU